GGUCGGCCCGAACCGCGCGUGGAAGAACGUGACCGCUAGAGUCGUUCUUUCGAGUCUAGUUCCUCCGGUGGUCUCCGACGACGAACGCGCCCCGUUUCAAAGCCGUUCCGCAACGCGCCUGGCGGUACUCGCAAUUAGUGCCAGCUAGUACCAGCUAGUGGCACCUAGCAGCAUCUAGCAGCAUCUAAGAACAGCCAGGAGAACCUAGCAGCGGCGAGUGCCGCAUCGAAGUCGCCGCUCGCGAGGCGGCCCGCAUGUUCCGCGUUCCGCGUUCCGGUGCUUCAGUCGAGUCGUCUCGCGUCCCGUCCGAACCUGCCGCGACCGGCAGCGCCUUGGUCGCCAAAUAUGGCCGCUCCUUCGGACGCGACCUACCUGGGCGUAGAUCUCAGCACGCAGCAGUUAAAGGCAGUAGUUGUCGACGACCAUCUCCACGUGCUUCACGAAACCAGCGUCCAAUUUGACAAUGACUUACCUGAGUUUAGAACGUACGGAGGAGUUGUUCAGAAGAAAGAGGAGCCUCGUGUUGUUACGGCUCCCACCCUGAUGUGGGUGAAGGCAUUAGACAUGAUUCUCGACAAGUUAAGAGUCUGCGGGGUUGACUUUAGUAAAGUCGCUGCCGUUUCUGGAUGUGCCCAGCAACACGGCACCGUAUACUGGGGCAAAGUCAGUCGAUCGAACCUACAAGAAUUGGACCCUAUGAAAUUUUUACACGAACAACUAGCUAUGACCUUCUCCUUAAACCAAUCGCCUGUGUGGAUGGAUUCUAGUACUACAGCUGAAUGCAAGAUUCUCGAAGAUGCAGUCGGUGGUGCUGAGAGACUGGCUGAAAUUACGGGAUCUCGGGCGUACGAGAGGUUCUCGGGGGCUCAAAUCGCAAAGGUAGCAGGCAAGAAACCCGAAGCCUACGGUAACACUGAGAGAAUCUCUUUAGUCAGCAGUUUUGUUGCCUCACUCUUCCUCGGGGACUUCGCACCGAUUGAUUUCUCCGAUGGCUCGGGAAUGAAUCUCCUAAACAUUCGCACUAAGGACUGGAGCGAAGAACUCUUAGAAGUUUGUGCCCCAGCGCUUCGGGAGAAACUAGAUAAUCCCAUUCCAUCUCACAGCGAUAUCGGAUCGAUAUCUCCUUACUUUGUGGAGAGAUUUGGAUUCGACGAGAAAUGCAGAGUCGUCGCUUUUACGGGAGACAAUCCAGGUUCCUUGGUGGGAAUGAGAUUGAGAAAAGGAGAUGUUGCAUGCAGCCUCGGUACGAGUGACACAUUAUUUCUGUGGCUCGAUGAACCGAAAACCGCUACGAAUGGUCAUGUACUCUGUAAUCCGAUAAGUGAGAAGGCUUACAUGGCUUUGCUCUGUUUCAAAAAUGGCUCGUUGACCCGAGAAAGAAUCCGAGACAGUGCAGCGGCCGGUUCGUGGCAAAUAUUCAACGAAUUGCUGGAAAGCACCCCACGAGGGAACUUCGGAAACAUGGGAUUAUACUUCGACGCUCAGGAGAUCCUACCGUCCGCGAUCGGCGAUCAUAGAUUCAAUAAAGCCAAUGACGAAAUCAAUCGUUACAGCUCGAAGGAGGUAGAAGUUAGAGCACUGAUCGAAGGUCAAUUUAUUGCAAGGAGGUCGCAUGCCGAGGACUUCGGAUUCACCAUUGGACCCGAGACUCGCAUAAUCGCAACUGGCGGAGCGUCUGCGAAUAAAGCCAUACUGCAAGUUCUCGCUGACGUUUUCAAUUCUCCAGUUUACAUCUCGGACGUCUCCAAUUCGGCGCGGAUGGGCGCGGCUUAUCAGGCGAAGCAUGCAUUAACUCGCGACAGGUGUACCUUCGCGGAAAUAACGAAAGAUUUGCCCGAACCGAGAUUAGCGUGUCAGCCUUACGACGAUGCCGAAUCCAUAUAUAAACCUAUGGUACAACGUUACAGAAGAAUCGUGCACCAAUUGACAAAACGUAAAAUCGAAGUCUAGUCCAUCGGAUCGGUUGACAACGACAAGUGGUCUAUUCGAUUAGAAACAAGUGCCUCGAGCUUCGUUAUGUAAUAAUUACCCGAGCUAAUCAGGUUAAGGAUUUGUUAAAUCUUUCUCGAUUUUGUUUACGUCGGGACGUGCUGCAUGACACGCGUCCCAAUAAAACGGAAUUGACUAAUGUUAUGCGAUAUUUUUAGUCGCCGGCAUUUUCUGCAAUGCACUAGAUCAAGUAUAAUUGCUUCAAUUGACCCAAUUGAACCGGCCAUGACUCGCGAAUUUCUCGUCGGCUCAUUUCAGUGAAUUUUCUAUUCAUUUCAAGUAUACCGAAAGUUAAAUAUUUAUUUAGCGGCUAAUGCCAAGUGAAGUUACUGUUCCAAUAGUGAAAAAACAGCAGUUUGCUCAUGUCCUCUUAAAACCUCCUUCCAUGGGAAAUAUUGCCAUGGAUUUUCAGUAGAAACUGAAAUAAAGAUUAAUAUAUAUGUUCAAUUACUAUGAAGGAUAUGUAUAUAAUAUACGGGGCGCAACUACAGGGAGAAUAUAUUUUGUGACCUCUGUUUCUUAAGCUGACAAUCAAUUAAAUCGGAUGUAUGCACGCACAUAUGAGUCCAAACAAUUGCGCUCAUUAAUAUUAAGAUUAAAUCGUUAUCAAUAAAAUUGAAGGUUUCCUUCCUUCUCUUAAAAA